GAAAGCAAAGGUAAAGGUCAUGGCUGUGACACUUGCAAAGGCGACUGCGAAGCUAGGAGUUGCAGGUGGAGCUGUGUAUCUAACUGUGAAGGAAGGAUUGUGGGGAAGCAGUAAAGAAAGUAAUGAAGCGUACAAACGACUGAAAACCAAGACGCUGGACGAGUGGUUACCUGCUCCUGUAGAGAAACCAACAACAACCAAGAAGAUUGUUGCACAAAAAUCAGUGAAGAAAGAAGCCACACCAGAAAUAAAACCCCAACAGCCAUCACAGUAUAAUGCUUGUGUGAACAGUGUCUUCACGACUCUUGCAGAUCUACCAGAAACAGUGCCAGAAAAAUUUAACUCAGUUGUAGCUUACUUCAAAGACCUAAGUGGAUAAAAAUCUUGUUGACUUUACAUUUAGUUUUUGUACAGUGUGUAAAUAAAAUAAUGUAGAAAAGAA